AUGAAGUCUAGUAGAGUUCCUAAUGGAUCACUUGAUUUCAGUUCAAGUCCUUACAAAACAGUCAAAGAGAAUAGUGCUUACAAAAACAAUAAAAAGCAUAGUACUGUUGGCAAUACCAGUAUAAACCAUCACCAACGGACAACUAAUGAAACUAAACGAUCUAUAAGUGAUAAGCAAAGAAUGUUGAUAACCGAUGCCAAACUUCCAAAAAAUUCCAGUCUUUCCAACAUAACAAAUGAUCUUUCACAUAAUUCUAAUCCUUCUUAUACAAAUCAGUUGCCUCAAAAGGCUAGACGAUCAUUAUUAGAUUGGGAUAGUUUUAUAAAUUUAUCCAAAAAACCACGAAAUCUAUCCUUAAAAACUGAUAAUUCUCUUCGUCGAUUGCCUUCAGAAACAAUACGCCCUGCCUCUUUAUCUCCAAUCAAAACAAAACAAGAAUCUAAUCAUAAUUGGUUAUCACCUUUGAGGACAAAUGCGUCGAUGAAGAAGACUUCAGUUGUAUCAGUUAAGAGUAAUCCAGAAUCAGAUAAAGCACAUAUAUUGUGUGAUAAUCGUUCAUCUUUUGAAGAACAUGCUAAAAACCACACCUUCAAAAAGAAGAAGAAUCGUCAUCUCAUCCUUGAAAUACCUUCUUCUGAUGACGUUGAUUCAGACUCUCGGAAACAGAACCAUGAAAAAAAUCACAUUCAUAUUCAUGAAGCUAAGAAAAGGAAAUUAUCCCCUUUAGUUCCUAUCAACAAAAAGAAAAAGAAGAAAAGAAAGAAGUCUUCCACCCUUUCAGUGAAUUCAGAUCAAUGUAAUGACCUCCAAUCACCCGGUACCCAUUUCGAUACUGAUAAUGCAAUACAAGUAAAAGAGGUGGCAGACCAGUCAAUGUCUGAAUUCUCUGACCUUCAAGCAGAUGAAAUUUCUUCUCACGGAAAGUCUGAACAAUCACUACUAAGUGUAGAAAAAAGUGAACGAAAUGAAAAUGAAGUUGUUGUGUCCAAAGAAAAUGAUGAAUCUCAGGAAACGUUUCUGUCAACCAGGAGUCCAUCAACACCAGCUUGGCUUAAAGCCAUUCACGGACCAUCACUAAGGGAAAGAAAGUCGCCGGAGUCUGUAAAGUGGACAAAAGAGAAAUUAUAUAAAGUCAGUCAAAUGUGUGAAUCUCCACCAAUUCUACAUGGAAUUAGUACUAAUUCAGGGAAUACUACUGUUGAUGAAGAAAUAUCAAUUAGUAAUGGAGUUGUUUGUCAUGUAAAUGAAAAUCUUCAAAAUGGACAUUCAAAUGUCAACGAAAAGUCUGAAAGUACUGAUAGAUCUCUUCAAUUUUCUUAUCUGAACAAAGAGAAGAAGAAGAAGAAGAAGAGGGAAAACCGAAAUUUAUUCAUACUAAGUAGUUUAUCCUCCAACAAUCAUUCCCCUAAGUCCAUUGAGAAAAGUAUUUGGCAAAAUUAUAGACCUGCAUACAGUGGACCUUAUACUUGUGCAUUUUGUGAUCGAGUGAUUCAUAAGGGGUCAAAUUUUGCUAGACAUAUAGCCACAUGUAAGGCUAGACUGUCUAUAAGUACAGGUGAUACUCCAAGCGCAAAGUCCUCAGGGUAUGAAGAUAAGCGUAAAUUUCAUUACUCGUUCAAAUCCUUCCCUAAGGUGACGUCAAAGUCAGGUAAUCUAAAAAGGCAACUACCCAGGAGUCAGGGAUUAAAUUCUUCAGUCAGUAAGAUGGACGGAAAUUUUCAUUCCCCUGUAUUCUCUGAUGAUAAAAAUAUCGCUGAUACUCCGACCUUAAAGAAAACUGAUGAUAUAGAGACACCUAGUUUAACUACUAAUGAAUCUCAACAUGAAUGUUCCGGUUGUCACCAGGUAUAUCAGCUCAGAAGCUCACUGUUACGGCAUAAACGUAAUCAUAAGGAGUGUAAUAAAUCACGUGGAUCCAAUACAGAAGAUUCACCGCUUACAGUUUCUGAUGUAUUUCUAAGUCUUGAUGAUUCAAAAAGUAUUUCAUCCUGUGAUGAGAGUUCCUACAGAAGUCAUUUACAAACACCUAUAACUUCAGUGUAUGAUAUGACUACAGAUCCUGAUGAUAUAUUCGAGGAUUUGAUAAUUCCCCCAGCAACAACAAGAAUGAAAAUGUCAGAAAGUCAACAUGAUGAACAAGAUUAUUCUGCUCACGAACACUCAAGUAUAUCGCUGGAAUGCAGUAAAAAUGUAUCAGUUCCUACACCCAAGAAAUCACUUGUACAACAUACAAAAACUAAUAACAAUAAAUUAAGUCGUUCCCCAGCAGAAUUAUCAAAGACCAGGGCUAGGCAUAGUUCCUCUCCAAAAACAGCGAGGAAAUACUCAGUUUCUAUUGGUUCAGAAAAUGCAGGUGAACUGUCAAGUGCACAAGUCAGUGAAACCGAGGGAGAAGACGAUAAAGAAUAUAAGAGGCGAAUUAAUAAGUCGAUUUCUCCACCAUCAAAUGAUGAACUGAGAACAAUAGAUGACGAGAAUACUACACCACUUGCGUACAAAUGUUAUACAUGCUCAGCGACUUAUCGUCAUCGACAAUCUGUUUUACGUCACAAGCGUAAAACGAAUCAUAGGGUUGAUGCAAUCUUAUCUUUUGACAAGUCAGAUGAUUUAAUGUCUAAUUCUCCUAGGAAAGAUGCAGAAGAAUGUUAUGAUCGUGAUUCAGGGAAAAAUGUAACUUUGGAUCCUGUGUCAAAAGAGUCGACAAAUGUGGUGUCAGUUCAAUCGUCUACUGUCACCACUACUGAUAAUGAAAAGCAUGUUGACUCGUUUGAUGUUGAUCAGCAACAAAAGCCAAGUCCCAGUAUAAUAAAUGAUAAUCAAAUACUACGAGAGUUAACUGAAGAGAAACUAUCGAGUAUAAUGAAUUCUCCUUCUUUAGAGAAAGAUAUUUCAAACUUAAGUAAUUCCGAUUAUUCACAAUCAGCUCCAUCGAAACAAUCUUCGAUUCAAUUAGAACUUCAAAAUACAUCUACUGAGCAGAAACAGGAGAGCUAUACAUCUCUGUUAACAGAUGAAAUGAGAACAGGACAUGAACAGAAUGAACAUGAAAAGAAUUUGAAUGCUUCACCAGUUGCAUACAAAUGUUAUACAUGCUCAUCGAUUUAUCGUCAUCAACAAUCUCUUAAACGUCACAAGCGUAAAACGAGACAUAGGAUUUCUGCUUAUUCGAUCUCCGAUGGAAUCAGUGAAGUGAAUACUACAGAAGCGUUGGAAGAAUCGUGUGGUACAAAUGGUAAUAAAUUAGAGGUGGUGUCAAUGGAUAGGAUAAUCCAUGAAGAAUGUAGCCAACCAGCGUUUCACGAGACCAUUGUUGUUGAGAAUAAGCCUGACACUGAGUUAUCUGAGACUGAUUCUAAUUCGAAUCUCUAUAGACAUGAUAAGUUAAAGAUUUUCGAGUCUUCUGUAAAAACUUCAACAAUUAACACAAUGAAUAACCCUUUAAACGAAUUGUUUAGAGUUUUGGCAGAAGAGGAACAUUUAAAUUCAAUGUCAGUAGAACCGUCUGUUGACAAAGAGGUGAUAUUUACUGAGCUUCAUGAAGGUGGAAAUGUGAGUGUCAAGGAGAAAAUACCUGUUGAAUUCUCGACAACAGUAUCUGACAUAUCCACUAGUGAUGCUAUUCCUGAGGAGAUCGCACAAACUGAUGAUGUUGCAACAAGUAUUGAAUCGACGUCAACAAAGACCAUGUUUAUUGAAGAAAAUAAGUCUGUAGAAGUGAUGAAUAAGGAUGAUUCUUGGUUGAAAAACAUCCAACCAUCUCCUACAUCUUGUCGGUAUACAUGUUUAUGGUGUAGUCGUGUUGUCAAGAGAUAUCCAAAUUUUAUCAAACAUGUAGCUGCCUGCAAAGAUAGACCUUCGGGAAGUGAGAUACCACAAAGGUCGAACACUAAUUUACUCAGUGUAUCUUCUACUGGUGGCGGUAAUUCAUCACAUCAUUCUAGAAAAUCAUAUCCUCUUGGCUUAAGAAGUAGUAGACCAUCAAUACAAUCUGAUAAAAAUGUACAGAACACUGAAGGUAUAUUGAAUACAAAGCAAUUAGCCAAAAAGGAAAAGAAAUCAACUUCAUCAUGUUCUCCUCAUCAUUCACGAGUAGAAGAAGAGUCAUCCAAGAGUCGGCGAUCAUCAAUAUCUACUCAACAUUCUAGUGAUAAUUGUAUAGAUGAUGAAAAAUCGAUUGUAUCGAAUGCAACUACUAUUCCUGCUUCUGAUCAAAUCGUUAAAGAUAAUAAUAAUAAUGAUAAUAAUAACUCUACACUAUUCAUUUGUUCAUGGUGUAAUAGAUCUGGAUUUAAAUGUUUACGAUAUCUUAAUAUACAUUCUGCAAGAUGUUCACUUCGUCCAAAUCGAUUAACUAAACAGAAAACAUUAGUAUUAUCAAAAAAGUAUCCUGUACAGAUUACAACUAAUGUUGACACUGGUAGUGGUGUUGGUGUUGUAUGCGAACAGUGUAAUCGAGAAUUUCGUUCAAUUACCGGUUUAAAAGUUCAUCAAACUAUGCUAAAGCAUAAAAGUAAUCAACAGUCAAUUGAUAAACUAUUCUCACAACAAUUAAUAGCUUGUCCAGGUUGUUCAUAUAAUUCUGCAUUAUUUGAUUCAACUGAAAAAUUAUUGAAACAUUUAUUAACUUUAAAAUCGAAUACAAGUAAUAGUCAUACAAGUCGUAGUCAAUAUUGGCCUACUGUAUUAUCUGUGCCUAAUUUAGGCUAUGGUUGUCAUAUUUGUGGAAUGUUACUUGCUUCUGAAUCACGUUUAGAUAAGCAUAAAAAAGCGGUACAUGAAACUUGGCUAUUGGAAGAACAACAUAAUCUUAGUCCAAGUAAAUUGACUUUAUCCACUUUGUCUAUCAUUUGA